UCGACAUCACGACUCCAACUCUACCCAGGAGGCCGGCCCGGGCACGACGCCACCGGAGCCUGCCGUCCCCGUCGCAGCUCGCCGACGACUUCGACGGCGCGGCUCCACUCCGCCCCGUCCGCCGCUGGAGCUCGCUGACGCAAGCGAUUCUUCCUCUCCUUCUCCCUCUCGAGGUGCUGGAACCUUUCUUCCGCACGGCGCGUCCCCUCCCUGACCUGCGGUCUCCGGCGGGUGGAAAGGAAGAGCUAGGAACUUACUCGUGAGGUGGAGGCAGGGACCGGGAACCAUGGGGACCUCAGCGGCCGAGGGAACGGAUCUCUGGAAGCAAAUAGACGACGCCGAGUGCUAUCUGGUCAGCGGAUCGUUCGACCAAGCGGUUUUGACUGCAUUGUCUGUGUCUGAUCAAAUUCGAGCGGCCAAUAGAGAAAGAGUAUGGGAUGAUGAUGAACUUUUGGAGAUGCUCGAAUUAGUUGGCAUUGUACUCGUUCAAGCACUUAAAGAGCUCAGAAGGACAACUGAGAUGUUUGUUCAGCUUAAAGCUAUGUAUGGUUCAGUGGCAUCAAUACCGGUGAAGGUUUUCCUGACAGGGGCUACCAUGCUAAUGGCAGAAGGUUCUGGGCCUGACCUUCGACCAAUUUUUGAGGACUUCCUUGCUAAAUGGAGAUACACAGAUGAUCAAGUUUAUGUUUUGAAUGGAGAACAGGAAAUAACUUCGAAUGGUCUUAUUGUUACAUCAACUAUGACAACUGAAGAGUAUUUGGAGGUGGUGGAAUUGUAUACAGUUACAUUCCUUAGCAUUGCCUCUCAUGAGCCUGAAAAUGCCAUCUCAUGGGUAAAAAAGGCAGAAUUGAUUGAGCAAGAUCGACAGGAGCUGCUAGAAAAACUUAAUGGACUUCAAGCAGCUGGAAAUGAAAAGUCAUCCACUGCUACAGGAGCAAAACAAUCAGCAGAGAGGAACCUUUCCGCUUCUGAGAAAAGCCCAACACCAGCAACCCAUGAGGAUGCUCCGACAAGCACCACACGUGCACCCAAUGUGAAAACAAAUGGCUUACCAAAGUACAUUGAGCCUUCCCUUCAGCGCGUCCCAAAUAACUUUGAUCCCAUGUUUUGGUGGUUCCAUUCGGUGCGCGUAAAGUUUGGCAGAAUGCAUAUUGUUCUACCAAGUGGUAAGCUAAUGCUUCUGUUCUCGCUGCUGUUCUCGACAGUCUACGUUCUACGGAGGAAAGGCGCCGGCUUGAAGAGGGCGGUGUUCCAACACGCUUCGUCCCUGCGACGGGCGUUCCUCGAUGCCCUCCAGCUUGCAUUCUCCGUCCAGAUGAACCCGCUAGCGGCUGUUCAACAGACGCCGCAGGCCCCUCGAGGAAGCUGGUGAUACAUACAAUGUACCUGCCCAUCCCAACAUGUAACUAACAAUACCGGGAAUUGAAGUUGGGCAUACGGGAUACUAGUCGCUUUUUGUGGUACUGAUGAAUGUAUUGGAAUAUAAAGCAAGUCUGCUAAAUACAUCAUGGCAAUGUUUCAUAUCGGUGCCCCUGGUUUGAGAAAUUUAGUUGAGAGGCCUUGUUCU